GCGAAAUUCGUUAUUGCUGGCGUUUGGACUAUAGCCCUGGCGACAGCAGUGCCCAUACUGAUAAUGUCCAAGUUAUCGCAGCCGGCGUCAUUUUUUGUAGUGUGUAAUAGAUACAUUUGUCAUGAGGAGUGGCCUUCCAGUGAACAAAAUUACUUUUAUACUUUAGCGUUAAUGACACUGCAGUUUAUAUUACCAGUAACGGUGCUGAUCUUCACCUACGCACGCAUCGCAUACGCGGUCUGGGGCAAACGACCGCCUGGUGAGGCGGAAAAUACACGCGAUCAACGUAUGGCGCGUUCCAAGCGAAAGAUGAUUAAGAUGAUGGUAACGGUUGUUAUUGUAUUCACCAUGUGUUGGCUGCCUUUCAAUGUGCUUGUGAUUCUUAUCAACGACGAUGCCUAUAGGGAGUGGGAGCCACUGCCUUUCAUUUGGUUCGGAUUCCACUGGCUGUCCAUGUCGCAUAGCUGCUACAAUCCCAUCAUCUAUUGCUAUAUGAAUGCACGCUUUCGCGGUGGUUUCCUGCAGAUUACAUAUCGUGUGCCAUUUCUGCGUCGGAGCUGUUGUCUCAAACGCUAUCGUGGUGAACGCAAUUAUGAUGCAACCGGUGAGAUGACCUUCAAAUUCAAUGCUGAUAAUGGUGGAGGUCUGUUGAGGAAACCUAAAAUACGCAUUAGGAACGGACGACGCAUUCCACCUGCAGCGCAUGAACACGUCGACCACAUACAUCAGCACCCGAAGAAAACUCCGAGCGAAUUCUGUGCAAAUGAGUCAAUUUUCAAGUGCGGAGGCCACAGUGUUGCGGUAGUGCCAACCCCAUAAAUGUAGUCAGCGGCAGUUUGCCACACCGCCCAAACUAACGCAGGUUUAGCCGCCCAAAAAGGGCGUACACAAACUCAAUUUCACUGCAAAAUAUGUUGGAAAAUCACAAUCAGAAUAUACAACUGUAUAUAUGUAUGCAUGCAUACAAACAAAUAUGCUGCUGGCUGUUGUGGGUUGAAUCUCGUAAUAUGGAGUAUUUUAAGCAGAUUUACAGCUUGAAUUUGCAAUGCAACAAAAAUUAUAAAAAAACAUAAAUUUAUUGUAAUAAACACUUGUAUAUGUAUGUGUAAGCCUAUAUGUUAUUAACUACCUGGUAAAAUUGAUUCACACACAAAUACUUGUUUGUAAGUACAAUUGUAAAUAGGGUUAAGUUUAAGCAGAAUAUAGAGAAAGGAAAAAAAUCCCAAAAAGAAAAGAAUUUUCUCAAGUCUACAAAAGCACAGAAAAACUCAACUUUUCACCAGCAAACAAUUUUAUUUUCGGUUAAGUUAAAUACGAAAAUUUACCAAAGACAGCCUCAAGGCGUUUGUACUUUUUGUAAAACAAAUUGGUAUAUACACAAAAGCAAAUAAAAUAAUUACCUAAAAUAUGUAUGUGUGUAGGCUUUAAGAUAUAUUUUUUUUUUGCAUUCAAAGUAAAAACAUUUCUAGCUUCCCUUCGACUAUUUAGUUUGUGUUUGGCUGAUAUUACACGAGUAUUUACAUAUAUGCUUCACUUGAAUUCUUCUCUCGUUAUCUGCUAGUCUAAUGGAAACCAAAGAACUUAAUUGUAUGUAUGUAAUAUAAGCACUAACUAAUAUUAAACUAUUCCAACUUACAUAAAUGUAAUUGAAUUUCUGUAAAUGUAAGUGAUUUUAUGUACUGCAUAUGUAUGUAUGUAUUUCGUUUAAAUCGAUAUGUAUACGAAAAAAAAAAUGUCCAAAACUAAAGAAAAUUUGUAUGUAGAACGAGGAGUUAUAUACAUAUGUAUGUGAGUACGAUACACCGAAAUUUAAUAACAGAAUUUAAGGAAAAUAAGAAAUUAUGGCAAAAAUAUCUCUUAGCUUAGUGAAUUUUGAAUAUUCUUCAAUAAAUGUGA